GCUCAAAUUCCUCUUCAAUAUGGCGGCAAAUGUUCGUUCUUUGAUCAUUGACUUAUUUGAAAGCCCCGAUGGAACAGUUUAUGCGAUUCUUAUUGCCACGUUUAUUGUCGUUCUGACCACAGGUUUGUGUUUUGAAAAUUCAUAGUGUUUUGCCGACUAUUUGUAGUAGGGAACUGUUUACUUUGGUACGACAUUUUCUACGAUUUACUUCUUUUAGUUUUUGUUUAAAUUUGAUGACGUGUUUGGCUGGCCAUUAAUUUAAAGCACAGAAAAAUAAGCUAUUUGGAAAUUGCCAUAAAUCUCUCUUUAUUUAUUUCGAACACAUUUGGGGUUGGGGGGGGGGGGGGGGCUUAAUAGAGAUGGGAGGUUAUUUGAGACGUGUGGCUUAUUUAAUUUAUUAAGAAAGACAAUGGUAUCAGUUCUCCAUAAAGAACUAGAAUACAAAGUGGGAAGGUUUGAAGGUCAUGCAGCCGAGGAUGAAGAACAAUUCUGAACUUCCAGUUGGUGAAUAAACCAUCCUGGAUCAGUCCACACAAAGUUUCACAGUCGUGAUUAAUUAAUACAGUCUAUCAUUUAUUGGUGAAGAGUAAUAAGGGGGAAGGGAGGGGGGGAGGGCUGAAAAGAGAGGGGAUCUUAUUAAAUUUUUUCCCCUGAAAAUGGGGGACUUAUUAAAGAGGGGACUCUUAAUAGAGGAUUUAUGGUAAAUAAGUUAACUUUUGUUUUUUUGUUUUUUAUUGAAAGCAUUGGCAGGUUUGUGAUGUACCUAGUACGUUUGUUGCCUUUGUACAACAGCUAUGUGCAAUAAAAAAUAUAUAUUUUACUUAAGUUAUCAAAAUUUUGUUCUCACAGUGGAGGCUAGAUUUUUUUGUAUUUAUUUUUUGUCAAUCGUGGAUUAUAAUUUUAUUUCUAAUCAUUCUUUGGCAAAGCAAAGGAGAAAAGACUAGCAAAUCCAUUCAAUUUAAUCGAUAGUAGGAGACCUACAACCACUGCUUAAUUUGUCUUGAUCUAUAAAUAGUGCAAGACUGCUCGCUAUUUCCUUAGCUAGCUCAAUACAUUUAAAGCUGCCAAGUAAUCCUGUGAUAGUGGCAUUGAAAGUUUUUCAUUAGUUUUUCAUCAUUUUCUUUUCAGUGCUGUAUCUUUCGUUUGGUAGAAGUCAAUCAAGAGGCCGCAGUAUCAUCUUGGUUGGACUAACAGAUUCAGGAAAAACACUUCUUUUCAGCAGAGUGAGCUAGUUUCCUGUUCUUUAUGGGUCAACUGCUUUCUGCCCUUUUAAACCUUAUACUUACAUGCAUACAGUAGAACCCCGUUAACUCGAACUCUGAAGGGAAAUGAAAAACACUUCAAGGUAGCAAGGGUUCGAGUAAUCGGGGUUGAUUGCAAAAUUCAAUUUUCAGUGUUAAAAAUUUAUAGUUACUGAAUUUCCAGCACUUCUGGCAGUGUAUGGUGCUACUGCAGUGCCAUUAAGUUUAACUUAUUUUAUCAGUAAUGUUAACAUGAUGAGGCAUUUUUUAUGAUAAAAUGUGAUCUGUUCAUUGCACUAUUAUUAAAAUCAAAUUGGUGUAAGUGUUAGCCAGUGUUAGGUGUAGUGUUUUUAUUGAUUUAUACAGCAAGAAGAGCUAAUUGCCCUAAUGGGAUCCGAAUAGAGUUACAAGAACGGGAAGUUGAGUUAUUGGUGUAAUUUUCAGUGACUUUGUUAUCAAGGGAAAGGAAAUUUAGAUUGAGUUAGCGGGGAAUUUGAGUUAUCCAAGCUCGAGUUAACCGAGGUAAAAAUGAAACAAAAAAAUGGGACUUAGUUCAAAGGGAGUUGGGACCUAGUUGUUAUUGGCGUCCUUACUGUGUUACAUACUGAACAGGGUUAGCAUCCAUAUGCACACUGGCAGCUGUGCAUACAGUGGGAAUGAUACAUUAUCUCUCAAAACGUGGAAAAAUGCAUAAAUUGAAAAAAAACAUUUGUUUAUUUACUGAAAGCAUUUUUAUCAUUAAACCACGACGACUGAUAAAACUGUAUUUUAUAUAUAUUUUUUAAGCUCUCUAGUGGAAAACAUGUGAUGACCCACACAUCCAUAAAAGAAAACAGAGCCCAACAUAAGGUUACAGGAAACCAGGUAAUCUCUAAAAAACUGACUAACAGUAAUAUUAUUGGUUUAUUAAUAUUUACUUGUAUUUAACAUAUGCAAUCAACGCCCAAUGACUAAUUUUUUGUUCUCUUUUUUUAGCUCAUUUUUCUACCUCAAAAAAUGAAUCAUCAAUAAUCAUCUUUUUUCUUAUGAUUUAAGCUUUAUUUGUUAAAAUCUGAAGGUGUUAUAUUGUGCCUAAGAAGUCAGACAUUCCUCUUUCCUCACCAUUACCACAGGAAAUGAAGCAAAACUAGAUGGGAAAAAUUUAUGAUUUGAUUUUAACAUAAAUGAUGGACGACCUUUGAUAUUAGUCCUACGGUACCCAGUUAAAUCACAUAAGCUUAAAGGUUAGCAUAGCUGUGGCUACCAUGCAUAGUAAAAUCCCUUUUUAGUUUUAAUCUAUGAGGAAAAGUUUAUUUAUUUAUUUAUUUAUUUAUUUAUUGAUAACAUUUGUAAAACUGACAUUUUUCAUUAUUAUUCUAUUCACAGAGUGGUAAAAUUCUAGACUUGAUAGAUCUCCCAGGUCACGAGAAACUUAGAACAAGGUUUCUAGAACAAUACAAGGACCAAGCAAGGUCAGUAGUAUCAAUAGCCAAGGACAGAGAGCCAAAAUCCACAACAGCUGUUACAGCUGAGCUCUCAUGGUGUGUUCAAAGUGGGAAACUAAGAAGAGUUAAAAACAAGAUAAACUUUGUCAAGGGCCCUGGAAUAGGUGUUAUUGGGAUUGUUCUCCUCUGCCAUUUUUGUUUGGUGGCCUGUUCCCUGGCAAGAAAAACUUAGCCGAUUAAUUUUUUUAUCCAGCUCAGAGGUCAGUUGAGAUGACGUCACACAACAGUUAAGAUCACCAACCAAGCUUGCAUCAGUUUUUGGUGCACCUAAAGAAGUAUUUUGUGAUGAACUAUACUCAGUCGCAACCACAAUUUAACCAAAUAAGGAAACUAAACUAAAAGAAACUAGGCAAAGCAAGGAAAGUAAAUUCUGCAUGGUUCAAACAGAUUAUCCCAGUCAAUAGCCUGAAAAAAAAGCUGACAUGUUGCAAUGCUAUCACUUGCUUCCCCACGAAAUGAUAUUUGAGAAUGGACUGCCGUAAUUCCAUACUGUUGACGUAUCACUAGCCACAUUUGGGUAGUGCUUCUGAUUGGUCAUGCAGCAAGGGAAACUUUCUUCAAUCAAUCAGAAGCCCUGUAUCCAGACCUGGGUAGAACACUUCAUCAGUUUGGAAUUUCGGCAGUCAUUUAGGGUUUGAAAUUAAAAAAAUCGUCAGGUCACCUUUUGGCAACCAACUGGAGAAAUAUAGUUGCCAGAUACAAAUUUUUAGUCACCAGUUUGUAUAAUGUAAAAUGAAACAGCUCAGAGUAUGGCACAAUCCAUGAGAUUUGAUUGUUUGAAAAUCUCACGGACAUUAGUCAGUAUAAAUUUGGAGGUAAACUGGCUUGUUUAUGCUAUUAAUUUUGGCACUUUUUUAUGACAAAAGCAAAGCAUGAUAAGAUGAAAUGUUUGUUUUAACUUUACUCAUUUAAUUUAAAUCUAACUCAUAGAGAAAUCUGGUCGCCAAAGUGGCAACUAAACCAGAAUUUUUAGUCGUAUUGGUGACGGUAUCAGUCGUAAUUUCGAGCCCUGUCAUUCCUCAGACGUCAUUUCACUGGGAAACUAGGGGAAAUGUCAGCUGUUUUCUAAGGUUACCCAGUCGAGGGUCAUCUUAGUUUCCUUGCUCCUUUAGGUUGUAGUAUGGAAAGAGAAGGAAACAGAAUCAUCACCAAAGUUAAAUAUUACCGUCAUGAUUUUCGAGACAAAUUACUCUCAUUAGUGGUACAUGAAAUGUAUGGAAAUUAGUGGGCUUUAAGCAGGGUUCAUUUCUUUGGUUAUACUACUACAUGGGAAAUUUCUGCAAUUUGAUUGGCUUAGAGCAGUGGUAUUUCAGCUUAAUUUGAAAUACCUACAUGUGAAAAUUACACACCUUUUGCAGUUAGUGGUAUAAACAAAUAAUAGCAUGAUUUGUACGUGAUAUUUGGCUUAAAUACCACUCAUGAUAUUUCAAAAUUGUCUCAAAUUUCACUCGCCUAAUGGCUCAUGAAAUUAAUUUUGAAAUAUCACUUGUGAUAUUUAUGCCAAAUAUCACUACAAAUCAUGCUAUUACCUAUACUAAUAGCACCAUUAGAAAAUCAUGAGGUUUUUACUGCUUCAGUAAAAUGUGACUUCAAACUGACACAUUCUAGUUGCGUUUUAUUAAAUUAAUAACUGUUUUUUUCCAGAGGAAUCCUGUUUGUUGUUGAUAGUGUGAACUUUCCAAGAGAGCAACGAGAUGUUGCUGAGUAAGUACCCCUCCAGUUGAUAGUAACAAAAUAAUAUAUAGAAGGACUAUAUUGUAAGUUCAGUAUACUCUAAUACAGAGUUUUGGAGUCUCUCUUCAGAUUAACUGUCUGGUUACGUAAAGGCCUAAGUAUUUUCAAUUCCGGACUGUAAAUUUUUUUCUUUACCUGGGAUUUAUUGGUUCUGGGACUCAUGAUUUGUUCACAAGAAGAGUCCCAGGACUCACCAUAACUGUUUGCAACAAAAUCACUGCUAGUGGUGUACCAUUGAUGUAUGUCUUAGAGAUUGUUUACUGUACAUAUAAUUUUAAAGUAAUAUGGUACCCUGCUCGCAACCUCAUUUCUAGAGGUCCGUUCCACUCAACCCACAGAGCGAGAGAGAGUAACAACUAGGAGUGUACCCUGGGAUUAUGGUUGCCCCGCUCGCAGAGGUUUCUUUCAGGCAUGGUUUUUAGCAUGUACGAAGUAGUUUUCCCUGCUGAUAUUCGAGUUACGUAAGAGAAGCCAACUACGCGAAUCACACAGGGACACCUAACAACGUUUUUUCUUUUAAAAAAAACUGUUCGAAGGAGCAAAUACUGCCUGAAAAUUUCUAAAAGACAAGAAAGGCUGAAAAUUUCUGGAUAGCCGUUCCAUUCGUCAGAUAUUUGGAGUUUUUCCACUAACUUACCUACGAUUUUCCGAUGUUGUUUUUCACAUUUUAAUACCUUGUAGAUAUUGCCAUUACUGUUAAGAAAAUUUCUCUUGAGACUUUCGGCAUAAAGACAAAAUGUCCCCUAGGAUUUUUAUAAUGAAAGCAUGGCUACCCCGUGUCCCCGGAAUUUCGAAGGCUGCUGCAGCCAACAGUUUAGAGACGAAAUAGCGACUUUCGAGACGACAAAAGUUCCCCAAAUACAAUUUGAACAGAUACAGUUUUGAACAUUAUCCAAAAAUAAACCAGUUUAGAGGAGGAACGGGGCACCCAACGGCAAAUUCUGUUCGGAAGACGAUUUGAGAAAAGCAUUUGUUGCUUGCUUGCUUGCCUGCCUCUCCUAGGAUUUUAGAACAUCGACAAAAACAUAGUAAGUUUUUAUCCCUAUAAUUUUCGGAUCAAACUUUAGCUAGGAAAGGAACGGAUGCCUAUAUUUACCGUUUAAAUACUAAAAUACGUUCAACAAUGCUAUGUUAAGUGGUUUUGGACUAUAUCCUCGUUGGGUGCCCCUGGCUAUUGAUUCCCUGAAUAACUUCGUAUGUGCUAAAACCAUGCCGGAAAGAAACCACUGCUAAGAGGGUAAAGAAAUUGUUGACUUUCCAUUGUUUUUUUCAGGGUCAUGUAUGACAUUCUUGGUGAUAAGCGGUUUUCCAAGUCUGCGGUAUCCAUUCUGGUCGUUUGCAAUAAACAAGGUUGACCAGUUCUUGACGAGGAAAAUUUCAACGGAGCCUCUCAGAAAAGAUUUCGUGGCCAAAAUAUAACAGUUAAAAAAUAUAUAAUUAAGACAAAAUUUUUUCUGGCUGAAAAUGCAAAGUUUGUUCUUGUGUCAAAUGUUUACGUUAUCAAACUUGUUUUAACAUAAUUAAGACGUUGAUAAGUUUGUUCAAAUGUUUGUUUCAAACCAAAUGUAUUCUGUUGUUUCACCAAAUGUACUUUUUUCACCCAUGUUUUCAUUGAUUUGAUUACGUCUUUUUUUUCUCUUCAGACCUUACAACGGCCAAAUCACAAAGUGUUAUAAAAUCUCAGCUGGAAAAAGAAAUGUUAGUAGUGCUUUAAAAUUUUAGUAUGAUUUUUUUUUUGCAGUAACGUUACCGGUGUUAUGGCUCAAAGUUUUGCGUUUGUGGAUACAUUUUUGAGCUGUGAUCAUUCAAAUGAAAACUGUUAAGUGGUACUUUCUUGAGAAAUUGUUUUCUAUGCUAUGUAUAUGGUGGACCUAACAAUUCGGAUCAGACGGUCUUUCUCUAACCACUAGGUUUACUACUUGGAUCAUUUGAAACCAUGUCUAGGUUUACUAAACUCAUUUGGAUCAUUUGUAAACCAAUUUUCAAAAUGUCCGUCGUCAGUUUCAUUAAACUUCGUUUUGGUCUUUCGCGGUAAACAAAACUCGUUUACAACUCGAGAAAUCGACUUUAAAAUGCGUAAAUGCUCGAAAACAACUGUGAAAUUUUUUAAAAUGCGGGGAACUAAAACGUCUGUGAAUUUGGCUUCGUGCAGGUAGACAUUUUCCUGAAGAAGCGAGUUGCUUCGUUUUAUCAAACGGUGUCUUGUAUUAGUUCCAGUUGAGUGUAUACUUUUUAAAAACCAUUCUUGUGAUUAUGUUUCCAGUAACACUCUCCGAGUCACUCGAGCCGCUGCCCUGCAAGGUCAAGAUGGCGGCUCAACCACUACCGCUGGGUAUGUCGGGAAGAAAGGCAAGGAUUUUGAGUUUGGUCACGUGUUACCCAUCCAGGUGGAAUUCGCGGAAUGUAGCGCCAAAGGACACUCGGAGGGAGAGGCUGAUUUAGAUGCAGUAGAAAAAUGGCUUGAAAAGAUCGCUUGAAAACUGACAUCGCUAUGUGCAGGAAAUCAAAAAUAUUGUAAAAGAGGAAAAAUAAAGUCUACUUUAAAUUAUUAGAUUUGCUAUCUUCCUUCCCACACUUUCCAC